GUAAAACAACUAGUGAUGACUAAAAAUAAAACUUGAAAAAGUAGCUAGUGUCAAAAUGAGAUCAAAUAAUCCAAGUUAAUUACUGAUGGUCGCAGUCGCCAGUUAAGAUUCACUAUGCAUAGUCAAAUGAAGAAAGAAUAAAAAAGAAAGGUUGGGAAAUACAAUUUGAUCUUGGGUAACUUGAUCGCCAAGAGCCAUCCAUUGACUAAGUGACACUGCGACUGCUUUAUUAACUAGUCCCUAUAAAAUCCUAAAUAUCUCGUGGUUAUUCCAGGGCACUAAUUUCUUCCUUGACUAAUCUUGUUUGUUUAGUACAAUGGCCAUGAAACCCGUGAAGUACUGUGUGGUGGAUGCCUUCACUGACGCAGCAUUCAAAGGGAACCCAGCAGCUGUUUGCUUAUUAGAAGAAGACAGAGAUGAUGAAUGGUUACAGUCUGUUGCUACUGAGUUCAAUAUCUCUGAAACUUGUUAUCUCACUCAGCCACUUACCCUAUCUAAUGAAGCUAACCCCACAUUUGGCCUUCGUUGGUUCACUCCGGUUACUGAGGUAGAUCUAUGUGGACAUGCAACGCUAGCAGCUGCACACUUUCUGUUUGCCUAUGGCUUAGUUAAAACUGAUACGAUUGAGUUUUCAACAAAGUCAGGAAUUUUAACUGCCAAAAGAGUUCCAGAAACCAAAGCUCCAAAAUCUCAGGACGAUUACUCAAUUGAAUUGGAUUUUCCUGUUGUCCAAGUAGCCGAGACGAGUUCUGCUGAUGUUGCUGCAAUUUCUGAAAGCUUGAAUGGUGCAUCUGUGGUUGAGAUCAGUGACACAUCUCACGGCUAUUAUGUUAUAUUGCUCCCAUCAGGAGAGGCAGUGGUGGAAUGCCAACCUCAGUUUGCUCAAAUAAUGAAUUUCCCUGGCAAAGGUAUAGUAAUAACUGGACCUGCUCCAAGGGAUUCUGGCUUUGAUUUCCAUAGUCGCUACUUCUGGCCAAAGUUCGGAAUCAAUGAGGAUCCUGUUUGUGGAAGUGCUCAUUGUGCUUUGGCUCCUUAUUGGCAUAAAAAGCUUGGCAAAUGUGACUUUGUUGCUUUAGCGGCCUCAACUAGAGGUGGCGUUGUGAACGUGCAUCUAGACGAGGAGAAUCAGAGGGUAUUUCUGAGAGGGAAAGCUGUUGUUGUUAUGGAAGGUACUCUUCUAGUUUAAUGUACAAGUGGAAAUCAAUAAUUUCCAUUCAUCGGGCGGAUACUAUCAUAAAUUUAAUAAAGUAGUGCAAGUACAUGUAUUCUAUAUUGGUUUUUCCUAUGUAUUUCACUCUGAAUUUUAGAGUA